AUGUCGUUAUACACAACAUACAGCAUAACAAUGCAAUUCUCAUCAAUUAUUGAUUAUAAUUUUAUAACAUAUGAUAAUGAUCAAUUUGUUAAUAGCAAUCAACAGUGUCAAGAAUGUCAAGAACAUCAGAAAAUCCAAGAAUCUUCACAACAUAACGAGCAUCAAGAAAAUCAGAAAUAUCUAGAAUUUCAAGAGCAUCAAGAAUACUCACGAUCUCAAGGAUCUUCACAACAUCAAGAACAUCAGGAAUAUCUACAAUCUCAAGAACAUAAUGAAUAUUCCCAACAUCAAGAAUAUUCUCAAGUUCAAAGAUAUCAAAUAGAUAUUUCUAUAAGAUUAUCACAAAUGAAGGCGAUGAUAUAUGGUAGAAAUGUCAAAACAAAUUUUUUGGAAUGGUUUCCACGUGAUCAACUUUAUAUUUUGGAUUAUAUUGGUACAUGUGAAUUUGGAAUAUCGUAUAAAGCAAUAUUGUGGCUGAAUGGAGGGAAGAGGCUUACCAGAUUUGAUUAUGAAAAUUAUUAUUAUAAUGAUGAUUUUGGAUUUUCUUGCGUCGCUGUUAAAAUUUUUAAUGAUGUUAAACAUUUUAUUGAUGCGGUUAAAAGAAUAUAUUUUAUAAUGGAUGCUAUCAGCGGGAAAAGUGAUGCACUCUAUAAUAUGUUUAAAUAUUAUGGGGUUGUGUUAUUUCCUGAACUUAACAAAUAUGGAAUUGUGAUGCAGUAUUGUAAUGGCGGUAGCUUAACACAGUAUAUGAAUCAAAAUUGGAGCUUUACGAGCUGGAAAAAUAAAUUGGAAAUAUUACUUGAUAUAGCAUCUGCGUUGAAUUCAUUACAUAAAGAAGGUUUAAUACAUGGAAGUCUAAACAGUGACACGGUAUUAAUUUCAUCAUCGUUAGAUUCAUCAUCUACGUCAUCAAACGCGCCAAAGGCAUACUUGAACGAUUUAAAAUAUUGUAAACAUAUCGACAAAUUUGAAAAGCAUCCUGAAGGACUGAUGUAUUUCACCGCACCAGAACUAUUAAUGGACAGAUCUAAACCUUUCAGCAAAAAAGUUGACAUUUAUAGUUUUGGGAUGAUAAUGUAUCACGUGGCCACCAGCCAAUUGCCGUAUGCAUCAAUAGACAAUAGGCUUUUAUUGGAGUUUUUCGUGUUCAAUGGAAUAAAACCUGUCAUUCCUUCUGGUCUAACAUUGCCAAAUUAUUAUCAUGCACUAAUUCAAAGAUGCAUCAGUCGAGAUUCAAAUAAACGACCAGAUAUCAAGGAUAUAAUUUACAAUUUGUCGGCUUGGAUAUUAUGUUUAACAAAUAGUGAAUCUCCGUCUAUACAAAUUACCUAG